CCUACUCACAUCACAAUUCAAAUGCUAUCAAUAAAGAUAUGCAAGGGUGCAUAUAAAAACCACUAACAGAGAGUUCUCACAUGUGAGCUUCCUGUUGACUGGAUCACAUCACAUCUGAAGAUGGCACCUCUCCAUGUGUUUGUUUGUCUUCUGGGGCUGGUUGUCCUGUGCCGCUCUGACUGCUUCUUCCAGGGAUUAGUGAUCAAAGAUCUGGAAAACCCUCCGAAAGGGUGUAUGGAUGAGGAUGGAAAGCUGCAUGAUUUUGGCUCUGAAUGGACAAGAGACUGUGUGGCAUGCUCCUGUACAGAGGACGGCAUGAGCUGCUGUAAUAUGAUCCCUGAUCUGAACAUAGUGGACAUUCCUGCAGAGUGUGAGCUGGUUGUGAAUAAGAAGGCCUGCUCUGCCAAGGCAGUGCUGAAGUCAGACAACACUAAAGAGUGUUACCCUCUCUGAACGUGCUACAAACUAACCUCCAAACAACUGGUCUUUUAUUAACUCCUUUAUGGUGUGUGCAUACUUUACAAUAAACUACCAAUAAACAAAGAUUGAUCAGCCUUGCUCUUUGUCUUACUUGCCAC